CAGAGAGAUCGUAUCCUGCAGCACAGCCUCACGCAGUUAUACAGUGGACGCAGGACUACUUAAAUAACUUGUAGUGUUUUCUAGAGCCCAGCUCUAGAAAGCAACAAGCCUGUUUACCGACGACCCUGUGCUCACUGUGGUGGUGUUUUAGUUCGACUGAGAAAAGUCACCUGUCCCACUGAGUACUGUGAGGAACGCCAGCAGCUCGCGCUCCCUCCUCAGCCCGCUUUCCACAGCAGCUCAUACAGACGUGUAACUCGCCUGAAGGAGAUGUGCAACAAGCGUCAGCAGGAGAGGCUAACAGUAAUCGGUCUUGUCCACUCGGCGCUGGUGCUGGGGCUUCUUCAGUCCGGAGCUCUGGGUGCCCGUAGGCUCCGGGGAGGCCGCAGCGAGCGGAGAGCUUCCCUGCUGCCCUCAUCCCCCCAUCGCCAGCGCGGCGACACUACCACAACCGAGAGCUUCGCGCUGGACUUCACGGCCGUCGAAGACAACAUGGACAGUUUCAUGACUCAGGUGAAAAAUCUGGCGCAGUCCCUGUACCCGUGCUCCGCUCAGAAGCUCGACAAUGACAUGAAGUUGCAUUUUCUGGAAAAUACGUCAGUCACCUGCAACGACGGCACACCUGCUGGGUACUACCUGAAAGAGUCAAGGGGAAGCAGAAGAUGGCUGAUCUUUCUAGAAGGUGGGUGGUACUGCUUCAACAAAGAGAACUGUGACAGCAGAUAUGAGACAAUAAGAAGACUCAUGAGCUCCUCAAAAUGGCCCCAGACCAAGACAGGCACAGGUAUUCUGUCUCCACUACCAGAGGAUAACCCUCACUGGUGGAAUGCCAACAUGGUGUUCAUUCCAUAUUGCUCCAGUGAUGUGUGGAGUGGAGCCACCCCUAAAACAGAUCAAAAUGAGUAUGCUUUCAUGGGUUCGCUCAUCAUAAAGGAAGUGGUGAAAGAUCUGCUAAGUAAAGGUCUGGACAACAGCAAGAUUCUACUCCUAGCUGGAAGCAGUGCGGGUGGUACUGGAGUGCUGCUAAAUGUGGACGCUGUGGCAGAGCUGCUGGAAGAGCUGGGGCACCCCAACAUACAGGUGAGGGGUUUAUCUGACUCAGGCUGGUUUCUGGACAACAAGCAGUACCUCUGCACAGACUGUGUGGACACAAUCAGCUGUGCCCCUACAGAGGCCAUCAAGAGGGGAAUCAAGUAUUGGGGAGGUGUUGUGCCUGAGCGCUGUAGACACGCGCAUGAAGGGAGUGAAUGGAACUGUUUCUUUGGUUAUCGAGUUUACCCAACAAUUAGACGACCUGUGUUUGUGGUGCAGUGGCUUUUUGAUGAGGCCCAGCUGACUGUGGACAACAUCCAUCUUAUGGGUCAGCCUGUCCAGGAGGGACAGUGGCGUUAUAUACAGAACCUGGGCAUAGAGCUUAGAAACACUCUCAAAGAUGUCCCAGCUAUGUUUGCUCCAGCAUGCCUCUCACAUGAGGUUAUCACGAGAAACUACUGGAUUGACAUACAAGUGAAAGGGACAUCUCUUCCAAGAGCUCUGCACUGCUGGGAACGCAGUCUCCAUGACAACAGCAAAAACAACAAGGCCCCGCCCAAGGGUUGUCCCAUGCACUUGAUUGACAACUGCCCAUGGCCCCACUGCAACCCAACGUGCCCUACCAUCCGAGAUCAGGUCACCGGGCAGGAGAUGAAUGUCAUCCAGUUUCUCAUGCAUAUGGGCUUUGACGUGCAGAAGAUGGCUCAGCAGCAGGGCAUGGACCCCAGCAAGCUUCUGGGCAUGCUCAGCAGUGGCAGCUAAACAUCAUGACAAUGGAAGGACUGCCUCCCUGCUUUGGUGGUUCUUCCUGUCUGGCUGUUAU